AUGGCAGAUAACGGUGAGGGCUCGUCACUGUUCCCGCCCCGAUCGGUGCCAAUUGCGACCUCGUCCAUUCGAUCCUCGUCACCGGCCCCGGAGAGCAGACAGGCGUCGAUAGCUCGUCUAGCCUCGCCAGUGCCUUCUGCAUCCUUUGGGACCUCCCUAUCGUCGCGACAAGGCAUCCCCACUGGCCGACCCAUCAGCACCGCCGCCGCCUCCAAUGCCGAACAGAACUUCCGGGCUGUUGACAAUAUGGCCUCCCUGCCAGGCCCGGGCCAGUCCAUGAUCGCAUCUCAGCUACAAGAAAGUCUCGGUCGGUCGCCUCCGAGAUUCGGUACUCCUUCGCGACUUGCGGGGUCGCCUUCGAUCCCGCCAACGCUCGACAGCCGACCCAUGGCCUCCCAGUACGGCUCAUUCGACACGAACAACAAUAACAACUACGCCCCCGACACUAACGGUGCAGGCGCAUAUGAGGAUCCGGAGGUCGUCAGGAGACAUUUGGUCCUCCCGCAAAACGUUUCUGAGAGUCGGGAGACCGGCUCCGAGCUUGGAACUAGCCAUGGCGACGAGGAAUUCUCCAGUCUGCAACUGCAGGGUGGUGAUAUCACCCGUCAGGUCUACCGGUGGGCGGAGGACGCCGAUACCGCGCGAUUUGCUCGCAGCAAGAGUUUCAGCAUCAGCCGACCCGCCCCCGAGGCCGAGACCGAAGAUAUCCACACAAUCCAGGUGCCAGGUGGGUUCCGAAGAGACUUUCUGCGGAGAACUGCGGGGAGCCCACACCGUGGGAGUGUGCAUGGGUCAAACGCCGGCGCUGCACCCGCACAACCUCAGCUGCCAACCUCGAGUUUCUUGGAGUUCUUGACGCUGUAUGGUCACUUUGCUGGAGAAGAGUUGGAAGAAGAUGAUGAGGUUUUGGGGCCUGAUGAGUACUUUUCAUCUGACACCUGGGAUGAGCCCGAUGAGGCCAGAGAGUCUGGUGAGGAUGCGGCGCUGCUUCGAGGAGGCGGUGCUGGCCGGAAAAAGCGAAAGCAUAAGCAGCGUGCGCCGCCCGGAAACACGACCACCACUGGUGCUGUCAUGCUGCUGCUCAAGUCUUUUGUCGGAACGGGAAUUCUGUUCCUACCCCGUGCUUUCUUGAACGGUGGAAUGUUGUUCAGCAGCAUGGUCCUUCUAGGUGUCUCGAUUCUGAGUUACUACGCCUUCAUCCUGCUGGUCAACACCCGCAUGCGGAUUGAAGGCUCCUUUGGUGAUAUUGGUGGGAUCUUGUAUGGAAAACAUAUGAGGCGGAUCAUCCUUGGCUCAAUUGUUCUGAGCCAAUUGGGUUUCGUGUCUGCCUAUAUCGUGUUCGUGUCACAGAACCUCCAGGCCUUUGUGCUCGCGGUGAGCAAGUGCAAGAGCUUCAUCGACAUCAAGUACCUAGUGUUACUGCAGCUGGUCAUCUUCCUGCCCCUCUCUCUGAUUCGUGAUAUCGGCAAGCUUGGCUUUACUGCGCUGAUUGCCGACGCCUUUAUUCUCCUGGGGCUGCUGUAUAUCUACUACUAUGAUGCUCGCACUUUGAUCGGCAAUGGUGGUAUCUCAGACAUCAAGGCCUUCAACCCGUCGACUUGGUCCAUGUUCAUCGGCACGGCUAUCUUCACCUACGAGGGUGUCGGUCUGAUCAUUCCCAUUCAGGAGUCGAUGAAGCAGCCACGACGCUUCCCCGGUGUCCUAGCUGGUGUCAUGGUCGUCAUCACUCUGAUCUUCCUGUCCGCGGGUGCUCUGAGCUAUGCCGCUUAUGGAUCCUCCACCAAGACCGUCAUUCUCCUCAACCUCCCCCAGGACGACAAGUUCGUCAACGUGGUCCAGCUCCUUUACUCGCUCGCCAUCCUGCUCAGCACACCACUCCAACUCUUCCCCGCCAUUCGUAUCUUGGAGAACGAGUUGUUCACUCGCAGCGGCAAGUACAACCCUUACAUCAAGUGGAAGAAGAACGCUUUCCGUUUCUUCUUGGUGUUCGUCUGCGCUUUUGUCGCCUGGGGUGGUGCCGCCGAUCUGGACAAAUUUGUUGCUCUGGUGGGCAGCUUCGCCUGCGUCCCGCUGAUCUACGUUUACCCGCCCCUCCUGCAUCUCCGUGCAUGCGCCCAAUCAAAACGCCAGGCUAUUUCCGAUAUUACUCUCGCCACUCUUGGAGUAGUCUGUUGCAUUUAUACUACUGCACUGACUCUCCAAAACUGGGUUGGCGCCGAUGUCCCUCAAAGCCCUGGAUACUGCGAUUCGCAAUAA